AUGGUUAACCGUAACAUUGAGUUGCCAGUGUUCCCAGAGGAGUACUUACCAUAUGGUAUUGAUCCAAAUGAUCUGAAGGAUUGUGUCCUCACUCAAGAUCGCUAUGACAUCAUAACCAAAUUCUGGAACAACAUCAAGAUUGGUGAGAAGGAUGUAAAGUUAGCUGAAAUGACCUCCAUCAUGAAUGGUCCACCUGGAUCUGGCAAGUCGUUCACUCUCUACCUUCUACUCUCAAUUGCCUAUGUCAAUGAUUGUAUCAUCGUCUAUCUUAGGAGUGCCAAGGACUGGAUUAGAACAAAGGAAGAAGAUAGAUGUCAACACUUUAUUGACACGUUCAUCAAGUUCAAUUCUGGACUGGCAGCGGAGAUACCUAUGGUCAAUGGUUGGAUCAAGAAACAAGCAAGGGGCAAUCCAACCAACAUAUUGGAGUUGUUCAAGGGCAUCACUCCAACAUACUCAUGGAUCGACAUUGUAAUGCAUGAACUCAAUCAUGUCACGAGCGUACCAAUCAUUCUGGCAAUCGAUGACUACGAAGGAUUGAUCAAGAUAGAUGAGGCCAAUGAUUUAUUCAAGAGUUCAGAUGAGGAGAUGGAAGACUAUGACUACCUAUUCGAUUUCUUCAAGGUCAAACGAGUGCCAGGAAAACGCGUCAGUCUGCUGGUAUCAGGAUGCCAUGGUGAUCAACUAUCAUUCAAGUGGUCACACAUGUAUACCAACAUGAAGCCAUUCAAAGCGAACUCCAACAGACUGAUUACUGAUCAAUCAUCGAUAUGUCGCGAUCCUGAUGCACUAAAGUAUAGUGAUCGACUGGAACUCAAUGUGCAUUGUAUCACCGGUGGCAACCCUGGCGAACUGAAGCUGCUCAAACAAUGGUCAGCGAAGCAUCCUCACUCCAACCCAAAGGAGUACGCAGUUGAAAGGAAGGAAUACUAUAUGGACAUUCUCAAUGAUUGCUGGGAUCAAGUCAAAGAUAGCCACAUAUACUAUGCCGCCGAGUUUGUCAGAUUCCUUCAUUGCCUCUUCUUCCCAGACUCAUUGGAGGGCUUCAUCCAUGGUCCACCAAACAUGUUGGUCGACAGAGGAUUGGUGCAACGUGACAGUCGCGGCAAUUAUGUUCCAGCAUGUCUUGCGGCACGUCAUGCAAUGUACCAAUUCUACUUCUUUGAUUUACACAUGAAGGACAAGAGUGACGGUGCCAAGUCGUCAUCUCUCAAGAGGCGAGUGGGCUCGUAA